AUGGCUCGGGCCGCCAGAGGCGCAACCAGGGCCGCCCUGGUCGUUGGGCGAGAGGCCUUGAAACUGAGCCGAAGGGAGUGCGACUUCGCUCCCGCACGAGAUCCAGGCCCAGAAGGCGAUCGCGGUCUCGAUCCCGACGGAGGCUCCACUCUGGAUCCCGCUCCGGCUCUCCUGGAGUCAGGGCUAGUGCGUCUCAAAGACCUGCUGCCUCCACACGGCAGCCCCCCGCUGGGCCUGGGCCUGGGACUACCUCUUUCAAGAACGGACUUGGACCCAGAUGUGGCGCUGGAGUUCUUCCAGGGCACGCUCCAGAGACUCCAGCGACUCUACAGAUGGGUGGUGAGCCCUCCGCCGGACAGAGCCGCCAAGUCUGGAGACGGAGCCGAGCAUGCUACAGAUAUCCCCGACACGGAGCAGCCGCCACUGGCACCUGACAUCCAUCAGGCCUACCAGGCUGCUGAGAUCGACCCUCCGGAAGCUGGGCAACAGGCAGCCGUCCAUCAGACAGGUACGGACUGCCCACGCUCCAUGGGCACCCUCCAGCCUUUGCCAACCGCCACAGCUGCUACGCCAAAGACCUCUACUACCUCGAGACAAAAGAGGCGCAAAAAGCAGCUGCAGCGACUGGUGGAAGAGGCCCUCGCCAGACGGACCGUGACUCCUCGACCAUUGGAGCCUGCAGCCAAGGCCGGCAAGGAAUUAAAGGUGGCGUUGACACUCCGCUGCUCCCCCUUCUCGCCAACCACCGGAGCCGACAGCCCUGUUCCACAACCUGCCGAGAUCAAGACCUCCGUGGUCCCCGAGGCUGCGCCUGGAGACUCUCCUCCCGCGCGAGGUGGUACGACCACAGCCACUAUGCCGACGGCGCCAACUCAAAGAAUUUCUCGUGAGACCCUGGGAGAUGCGUCAGCUUCCGGUGAUGAGAGUGCCAGUCAGGGCAGCACAACCAGUCUCACCGCGACCGGCCACGGCCAAGGGCUGGAAGUCGCAAGAGGUGAAGACAGUCCCGCCUACCAGGCCUCUACGCCAUCGUGGUGGCACAGUGGGGAAGAGGAGGCGCAGCCAUCUGCUACUUCUCCGGCGUCCCCGGGCUCCGUGGACAGCCUGGACUCGGACAAAAUUGAGAGAGAACUCGUCGCCAAGGGGCUCAUGCCGCCAUUGGGUGACAAGCCAGUGGAUCCAGGCGCAGGCCCACAAGGACCUCCACCGCCAGUACCGGUGGCAUACUCGCCCAACCGGCUGGGCAUCACACAGGACACCGAGGUGGUCACCUGGACCGGACCCGUGGCGGUGCUACCUCUCACUUUGGCAAGUAGUGAAAAGACAGAAGUUGCCUCUUGGGGAUCUGCCUCGCUGCAUGUCUCCAGCCGAAUCAAGCCGCAAAGUGCUGCCCCGUCUCGCGACAUCGAUUCGCGCCCUCGCCUGCGAGCUCAGCAGUCGGGCACCCAUGGCUCAGCACACCCUCGCAUCAGAGUGGCUACGUAUAAUGCUGGAGGCCUGAGUACGCCUGCGUACCACGAGCUCCUCCAGUGGCUCCGGAGGAUGCCAGACGAUAUCAGGCCGGCAAUCGUACACAUCCAGGAAUCGCACUGGCCAUCCGAUAGUGAGUACUCUACGCCAGGCUGGCACAUCAUUGCCUCUUCUACCCCUAGCCCUGCUGCUGGAGGCGUCCUUACGAUGGUCUCCGAUGAGCUCUGCAACACGACCCAGCUCACCCAUACGGCCCCGAUACCGGGGAGGGUGCUCCAUACCCGCAUUUCACUCUCGAGUUGUACCAUUGACAGUGUCAAUGUUUACCAAAAGAUUUUUGCGGCAGGUGCUGGUCGGAAGGAACUUCAUCAAGAUCUCGCCCCGCGCGAGCAGCGACUCCAGGUCUGGUCCACUUUGGGAGCGAUCCUUAGGGCCACGCCAAUGCGCAACCUCCUCUUUCUGGCAGGGGAUUUCAAUACGGCCCUUGUUGUGGAUCAUAAUCUUGUCAUGCUCAACAGCUGGACGCGCCAUGCGGUUGCCAGCUUUGUGAGCCCCACAGGCAAUUCCCUGAUUGAUCACAUCUAUGUUCGCCGGUUUCAGGCUGACCCGAUGGCGCGCAAUGCUGCGCCAUUAGCCUGGCCACUGGCCUCGUGGAAGCAAGGCGGCCUGCAAAUCCCCACAGGACGAGCGCAUCAUUCAGCUACGCGCGUCGAAGCCUCCAUUGAGGAUCUCAAUCUCCACAUGCGAGAGCAGGUGUGCGGUCUGUUUGCUGCUCGGAAGCAGAACGGCAUUCUUGUUCCCUGGCAACGUGAGGAGGUGAGCUUGAGCGUCAAGGGCAUGUGGGCCGCAUAUGCCCGGUGGAGACGGGGCACUGGCUCCUCUGUCGGGGCACUGUUUCGCACAUGGCAGGCGCAUGCGCAAUUCCGUAAGGCUCAUCGGGAGUUCCGGAUGCGCAGUCGACAGGCUCGGAAGGCCUGGUUCCUUGAUCAAGUGGUGGCCAUGGAGUCUGCUGCCCACUAUGGUGACGUCCGGGCCCUGUUUCAGCUCUCAUCCUUCCUUGCGCCGAAGCAACCGCGACGCAAAUUACAGCUUCGUGGACCCCAGGGUGAAUUGUGGACCAACUCCCAACAAGUUCGGGCCUUGACGGACUUCUACUUGGAUGUGUAUGCGCCUGAGGAUGAACCUCCCCUACAGGAUGACGUGCAUCUCACGCACCUUUUUCAGGCACCGGACAUGAGCCAGCAAGAAUGGGAAGCCCGCCUUGCUUUGCUCCCGCCCAACAAGGCAGCUCCCAAACACUUGGCACCAUCCGCUGCCUUCGUUGCUUGCUCGGACAUCCUCUCGGGAUUCCUCUGGAACUCCGUGGACAAGUGCUUGACUUUUAUCGCCGGAUUGGGUACAGGUUGCAACAAGGUGCAGGUUCUCAAUGCGUUCGCGGACGAUCUACAUGUGGGGCAGAUCGUUUACACGAGUGAACUCGGCCAAAUCCGCAGCCUUGAUCUCCAUUCCGGCCUUGCCAGGCUCUGGAAGCGUCGAUGCUACGUCCAGGACAAGGAGGGUUUGCGCCUAAGGAUACGAACCCCGGGUGAACGGGUCUUCACGAUCCCGAUUGUGGAUAAGCACCCCUACCUGGGAGUUGUUAUUGCAUACGGAGGCGCGGCCAAACUCACAGUGCAGCACCGCACUCAGCUCGCCUGGGCAGCCUGGACACGUUUGCGUCCCCUCCUCACCGGAGCACAGGCACCGGCUCUUGAACUUCGCCUCCGUCUGUGGCGAGCCUGCAUCCCCCCGAUCCUUCUGUACGGCUUGGACUGUAUGCCGCUCUCGGGCAAGCUCCUUCAUGAGGUGCAACGCCUGCUCACGAGACAGCUCCGCGCAGUGGCGCGCUCCCAGGCACACAUCACGCACGAGACCACUGCAGCGCUUCAUGCCAGACUCCGAGUGCCCUUUGCUGCCGAUAUCCUUUCUCGAGCGGUGGGCAGAGUCUUGACUCGAGCUUCUACGGAACCUUCCAAGGCUACUCCGGGGUACUCACCCUCAACGCUGAUUAACGAGGCAUGGCUUAGGGAGACUCUUGACUUCCUCCGCUGUGGUUCUGCGCCGGCUCCUGGGCCCUCAUCUCAGCCCGCAGACUCGUUUACCCCCGGUAAUCCACUGGACGGAGGUGAUCUUCACCAAUGUCGCGAAUGUGGAUAUCUGGCCACAUCGUUCAGGCUCCUGCGCGUUCAUCUCUCAGUGGUGCAUGGGCACAAGGCCAGCCACCGCUUUGAUGCCAAUCGGUUCUGUCGGUCCACACACUCUACACAGGGCAUGCCGACCUGUAGGCUAUGCGGCCGAGCAUUCCCCCGGUGGACUUCCCUCCGGACGCAUAUGCAGGACAGUGCCCAGGGCUUGAUCUUGAGGGAUCCUCCACUGGACCUAUGCCAUCAGGACCCGCGGACAGCCGGUGCAUCCCGAAUGCGACAUCCGUGCUUCUGCACGAAGAAAGCGUCAACUGUGUCCGACGAUAGAGCAGGCGCGGCGCCUGACGAAGUGCCGGCCUCGCGCAUACACCAAUCCCACUCUCCUCCGUCGCCUUGCUCGGGUCCCAGGGCAAAGGCCGCCCCAGCUCCCAUGACUGUCACGGCAAGCACGCCAGUUGACCAGGACGCCCUCCGCCCUUCUACCUCUACCACUCUGGACCAGGCUCUUCCACUGGUGGAUACCGGAUGCGAGGAGCUCCCGCUACCUCCUCCUAUGCCGUUGAAUGUACCUAGUGGUCUCGACUCGGAGGCACCGCUCGUUACGGAUAUGGAGUUCUGUUCGCGACUUAGACAGGAGGGCUGGCAGGCUCUGUUGCAUGAUGGGAACAUUCGACAGAGUCACCUCCUCUCUCUGUUCCUCAUGACCAUGGACACCGACGUGCAGGAUCCCAAGGAACUUCAGGUGUUCGCGGCGUUUCUGACCAACGAGAAUGGCCAGACACCAGCACCGGCUCCUCCCUCGGGAGAGCCGGGGGCACAGCCCAAGAGACGCAGGGAGAGCGAAAAUCCACCGGAGGGCACCAGUCUGGGAUCGGGCUCGGCUGCAUCCGCCCCGGGGAUCUACCUGUCCAUGCCUCAAGGAUCCGGAAACCACCCGAAGGGCAAGGGCAAAAACAAGGGCAAGGGCAAAGGCGGCAAAGGAAAGGGGCAGCCUCCGCCCCGCCACCAGCAGGGCGACUGGAGCAGUUCUUCGUCAGAGUGGAGCCAGGGAUGGAACCAGGGAUGGGGCUCGAACAGCGGCCGAUAUCAGGGAGACCUAGUGACGCAGAUCUCCAAGCUCCUCCUGCGACACGAGCUCCAGCUGCAGAAUCUUCAGGGGGACACCAAGCUCCAUCUCUAUCUGAGAACGGGUGCCCAGUCCUUCCUGCCCUCCCUCUUCGCCAUUGCCCGCGAAUGGGGCAAGUUGUAUCGGGAGGAGCCUGCCAAACUGGGCAUGUCGUUGAGGGAAACUCUACUUGUGGCACUUCUGCGAGAGAUGGCCACCCGGGCCAAGUUGGCAAUGAACCGCGCCGACUCGAAACAGGCUGCUCUGGAUCUCAAGUGGAUCAACUCGCACAACCAGUGGAGCUACAUGCAAUGGAACCCGCACACGGCUCAGCUCGAUCUUCUGGAGGAGCCGGCGCCCAGGGAUCACUCGGAGAUCCUACAGGGCAUCGAUCAUU